GCCCAUCAAGCCCAUCCAGCUCUUCCAGCCCAUCGGCUCCCUCCAACCAUGGCCACCGGGGCACCCCCAGCAGACGACUGGUUCGUCCCGGCCGAUGCCGUCACCAACUGGUCCCCUCGUCCCAUCGCCACCGGUGCUUUCGGCGAAGUCUUCAUCGCGAGAUACCGCAACCGGGAUGUCGCUGUCAAGCAGCUCAAGGAGCGGAUCGGCGCCCGCGAGCUUGCCGACUUUUGCCAGGAGGUCAGGGUCUGGUACCAACUGGACCAUCCGCACAUUCUCCCCCUCCUCGGCGCCUGUGACAAGGAUGAGACCGGCGGCGGCUCUCUCCGACCCUUCAUGGUCUCGCCGUUCAUGCCGCGCGGCACCCUGAGCACAUACGUCUCAGACCAUACCCCUCGUUCCGAAGAGAGGCUCCGUCUACUCUUCCAGGUCGCCGCCGGCAUGGCGUACCUCCACAGCAAGGACAUCAUCCACGGAGACCUCAAGGCCAACAACAUUCUUCUCGACGCAGGCCUGAACGCCGUCGUCACCGACUUUGGCAUGUCCAAGACUCGGAAUGCAUCGAGUUCCGUGACCCAGCUCGCACCGGGCACGCACGCCGGCGGAACCGUCCUCUUCAUGGCCCCAGAGAUGCAUGAUCUGCAGCGGCCAUCGCCAUCGACCCGUCGCACCGACGUUUACGCCUUUGGCAUGACAGUCUACCAGGUCUUCAACGACCGCGGUGCCGUUUGGGUUGUCGACGAUGGAUAUUUGCUCCAGACGGUCAUAGGUCAUAGGUCAUAGGUGCGUCGGCUAUAUUCAUCUGUCAGAUAACAGGGUGGUAUUGUUUCCAAAAAUACAAAGUGCAUGCGACUGAU